UUUUUGUGUCGGCUCCGCGGGACCAAAGUGCCGAAUGUCUCCGGAUGUGAGAGGAACCGGGACCCGCACCGGGACCCGAACCGGGACCCGCAGCCAGUGAGUUGCCAUGGCAUCAGUGCGCUUCACCGUGACGCCCACCAAGGCGGAGGACCUCCCUGGGCUGUCGGACACCUCCCCUGACAUCAGCUCCCGAUCGGGCGCCCGCGUGCGCUUCGGCUCCCGGGAGAGCGUCAACCGGAGCGACCCGCACAGCGAGACCUCCACCACCACCGCGGGAGGAGGAGGGGCCGAGACCCCCGAUGACAGCAACACAGAGCAAGGUGAUGGAAACUCUAAAAUCUCCAGCGUGUACAUCAACAACAGCCACGGGGUCGAUGAUGAUGAUUUCUACGACAGAAACUUGGCCUUAUUUGAGGAGGAGAUGGACACUCGGCCGAAGGUGUCCUCUCUUCUCAGUCGUCUGGCAAACUACACCAACCUGACCCAGGGGGCCAAGGAGCACGAGGAGGCCGAGAGCAUCGGUGAGAAGAAGAAACCUGGCAAGGCGCCGCAGAUGGGGACCUUCAUGGGCGUCUACCUGCCGUGCCUGCAGAACAUCUUCGGCGUCAUCCUGUUCCUGCGGCUGACCUGGGUGGUGGGGAACGCCGGCGUGCUGCAGGCGCUCUCCAUCGUCUUCAUCUGCUGCUGCUGUACGAUGUUGACUGCGAUAUCGAUGAGUGCGAUCGCCACUAACGGAGUCGUACCAGCGGGAGGCUCGUACUUCAUGAUCAGCCGCUCUCUGGGUCCGGAGUUCGGGGGGGCGGUGGGCAUCUGCUUCUACCUGGGAACCACCUUUGCUGGAGCCAUGUACAUCCUGGGCGCCAUCGAGAUCCUGCUGAUGUACAUAGCACCCAAGGCGGCCAUCUUUGAGUCCAACUCCCCCGAGGGCGAAGCGGCGGCCAUGUUGAACAACAUGCGUGUCUACGGCUCCAUCUGUCUCCUUCUCAUGUCCCUGCUGGUCUUCGUGGGCGUCAAGUACGUCAACAAACUAGCCUCCAUCUUCUUGGCGUGCGUCAUCGUCUCCAUCGUUUCCAUCUACGCCGGAGCGCUGGUCUCCGCCUUCAAACCGCCGCAGUUUCCCGUGUGCAUGCUGGGAAACCGAACCAUCAACGGGCACGCCAUCGUGGACAGCGAGUGUGCGAAGACGCUCCUGCUGCCGGCCGGCGAGCCCGAGGAGAGCGACCACGCCAACUUCACCAUCAGCACCGAAAACAGCACGGCCGCCCCGACCUUUGACCCCGGCCACAUUCCUGCCCUGGUGGAGUUCACCACGUCUCUGUGGAAGCAGUUCUGCCGCGGCCCCGAGCUCAACGCCUCCUGCGACGAGUACUUCACGUCCAACAAUUUCUCUCAGAUCGAAGGGAUCCCCGGUCUGGCAAGUGGGAUCAUUUCAGAGAACGUGUGGAGCUCCUACGUCAGUAAAGGGGACGUGGUGGAGAAAGCCUCCGUCAGCUCCUCUCACUUUGCCCCCCCCGCCUCCAACCACCAGCCCUACGUGUUUGCUGACAUCACCACCUCCUUCACGCUGCUGGUCGGCAUCUUCUUCCCCUCGGUCACAGGAAUAAUGGCUGGCUCCAACCGGUCGGGCGACCUGAAGGAUGCUCAGCGCUCAAUCCCCAUCGGAACCAUCCUCGCCAUCCUCACCACCUCCAUCGUCUAUCUGACCAGUGUGGUUCUGUUCGGCGCCUGCAUCGACGGCGUGGUCCUCCGAGACAAGUUUGGCGACUCGGUGAAAGGGAACCUGGUGGUGGGGACUCUGGCGUGGCCGACGCCCUGGGUCAUCGUCAUCGGCUCCUUCUUCUCCACGUGUGGCGCCGGCCUGCAGUCGCUGACCGGGGCGCCGCGACUCCUGCAGGCCAUCGCCAAGGACAACAUCAUCCCCUUCCUCCGGGUGUUUGGACACGGGAAGGCUAACGGAGAACCCACCUGGGCCCUGCUGCUGACCGGCCUGAUCGCUGAGCUGGGGAUCCUCAUCGCCUCUCUGGACCUGGUGGCUCCCAUCCUCACAAUGUUCUUCCUGAUGUGCUAUCUGUUCGUGAACCUGGCCUGUGCCCUCCAGACGCUCCUGAGGACGCCCAACUGGAGACCACGCUUCUCCUACUACCACUGGACCUUGUCGUUCUUGGGGAUGAUCAUCUGCCUGGCGCUGAUGUUCAUUUCCUCUUGGCUCUACGCAAUCAUCGCCAUGGUGAUCGCAGGCAUGAUCUACAAAUAUAUCGAGUACAACGGAGCGGAGAAAGAGUGGGGGGACGGGAUCCGCGGCCUGUCACUCAGUGCUGCCCGCUACGCCCUCUUGAGGUUGGAAGAGGGACCACCACACACCAAGAACUGGAGGCCUCAGCUCUUAGUGCUGCUGAAGCUCGAUGAAGACGCCCACGUGAAGUCUCCUCGCCUGCUGACCUUCGCCAGCCAGCUGAAGGCGGGGAAGGGUCUGACCAUCGUGGGCACCGUCGUGUCUGGAAACUUCCUGCAGAGCUACGGAGAGGCGCUCGCCGCCGAGCAGACUCUGAAGCACCUGAUGGACAAGGAGCGCGUGAAGGGCUUCUGCCAGUGCAUCGUGGCCCAGAAGCCUCGCGAGGGCAUCAGUCACAUGAUCCAGUCCAGCGGCCUGGGAGGCAUGAAGCCCAACACGGUGGUGAUGGGCUGGCCUCACGCCUGGAGGCAGAGCGAGGACCCUCAGUCCUGGAAGACCUUCAUCAACACCGUGCGGGUGACCACGGCCGGCCACCUGGCGCUGCUGGUUCCCAAAAACAUCUCCCUGUUCCCUAGCAACAGCGAGCCCUGCACCGAGGGCUACAUCGACGUCUGGUGGAUCGUCCACGACGGGGGGAUGCUCAUGCUGCUGCCGUUUCUCCUGCGCCAGCACAAGGUGUGGCGUAAGUGUGGGAUGAGAAUCUUCACAGUGGCCCAGAUGGAGGAUAAUUCAAUCCAGAUGAAGAAGGACCUGGCGACUUUCCUCUAUCACCUCCGCAUCGAGGCCGAGGUGGAAGUGGUGGAGAUGCACGACAGCGACAUCAGUGCGUACACGUACGAGCGGACCCUGAUGAUGGAGCAAAGAUCCCAGAUGCUCCGACAGAUGAGACUUUCUAAAUCCGACCGGGAACGAGAGGCCCAGCUGGUGAAGGACAGGAACUCCAUGCUGCGUCUGACGAGCAUCGGGUCGGACGAGGAGGACGACACAGACGGCGGCGAGCGAGAGAGGGCGGCGAGCGGCGGCGGUGAUGGCGAAGGAGGAGGCGGCGGCGGCAGCGGUAACUGCGAACACAACCGUCGAGUUCAGAUGACCUGGACCAAACAGAGGACUUUGCACUACAGGGCGGCGCACUCCGGAUGCUCCACCCCCGAAGGCUUCAGAGACAUGCUCAGCAUCAGGCCCGAUCACUCCAACGUCAGGAGGAUGCACACCGCCGUCAAGCUCAACGAGGUCAUCGCCAACAAGUCCCACGACGCCCGACUGGUCCUGCUCAACAUGCCAGGGCCCCCCCGCAACGCCGAGGGAGACGAGAACUACAUGGAGUUCCUGGAGGUCCUGACAGAAGGACUGGAGCGCGUGCUGUUGGUCAGAGGCGGAGGAAGUGAGGUCAUCACCAUCUACUCCUGAUUGGACAGAAGAGAGGAAUCCAGCGUUAAAGAAGGGA